CAUGGUUCUGUGUUACCGCUGAAGGACCGCGGGUGGCUUAUGCUCCUUAAGGGGGUUCUCUUCUAGACCUGCCGAUGUCUCGUCUUUUUAAAAAGCUUGAAGUGGCUGUACAAGUGUUUUAUUGUCUCAUGUUAUGUGUCUCAUUAGUAAUUCGCUCCUGUUAAUUAAGUAUAUCCAGGGAGUCAGACAGAGAAGUCAUCAGAACUUUUGUUAAGGCUGUUACGUGAAACAUUGAUCUAUGUCAGCUAAUACAAACUACUCCAGCCUCACUAAUGUCUAUUUCCAAAACUCUCUCUACCAACUGUCCUGAAAAAGAAAACCUUACUUUGGACAGUAGUACAUGAAGUGUGAUGGAAUUCCUUACCAAAGCCAGUUCUUAAACUGAAAGUGUUCUUCAGCUUACCCCAAGGUGUCAUUGCUGUUACAAGUAUAAACAUAAAAUGCUUUGCCAAAGUUUUGCUGCUUUGGGAAGAGAUAGGGCGCAGGUUCCUCGUUUGGAAUGUGUUUUGCUGCCUGUGCUUGUAUCACUUGCAGCUGCUUCAGUGUGGGAAUUGCACGCACGGGGGAUUGUAUGUCCCCACCGUCCAUCUCCUGUGGGGCUGACAGCACGUGUUUAUCUCCUUUUCUGUUUAAUGGCUGUUUGAGGUAAAAGGCGUAUCACUGACCCUUGUGGCAGCGUUACUGAAUUGCACUCGCUGCCUAAGAGGCUCUUCAGGGAAUUUAAAAAAAAAUAAUUUGAUGAUUUGGGUAGGUGGAUAUCAGGUGGCUUGCACAUGGCAAAAACUGGGUAGAUAAAUUCAGACUGUUAAGGAGUAUGUAAGGAAUGUAAGUUAAAGACUUGUCUGGUGUGACUGUCUGCAGGUCUGCUUCACAGUCCAUAGCAGCUAAAAGAAAAGUUUUGAUGUGGUUUGGUUUUUAGAAGAUUCUGUGUAGUUCUCCUGCUGUAGAUGGUCUUUUCUGCAGGUAAAGCACCCCAGCUCUUGUGUAUGCUCAUAGGUAUCGCUUGGAAACUGAAGUCUGUUUUUGCAAGACAGGGAGUCCUUGAUGUCCCCUAAUGUCAGAUAAGGGCCCUCAGUUUGCAUCUUAGCACAUUUCUGGAUCUGUGGGGAGUUUUUUUCUAGUCUGGAAGACAAGGGCAUGAGAAAUUCAACAACAAAAGCAGGAAGAACACUGAUUUUUAAAAAUGUAUAACUGCUAAUGGAAUCUCAGCAAAUUCCUUGUAAUCAGUUUAGUCCUGCAGGUUGGAAAGGCAAUCCAACAUAGUUCUUUUUGGUGUUAAAUCAGAUAGUUGAAGAUUAACUUAUUUUCAAAAUUAGAUGCUGAAGGAAAUUCAUAAUUGUCAAUAUUUCUGUAUUAGGAAUGGAAUAAAAUCACUGAAAGGAUUGAGACCUGGGCCCAAAACCUGAUGGAAAUCUUCCAGGACAGCCAGGUGUCCAUCAGAAUGGAUCAUAAGGAUUUUACCUUCAUAUGCUGAUAGCAGGGGCCUCAAUGUGUUCAAGACAUAUAUUUGAAAGGUGGAGAACUAGUGGAAGAGUUGCAACUUUUUGAAGAUACACACCAUAUCUAGACAGUAAUAAACGAAACUUCAUCCACACUUCAUCAAAAUGCAGCGGAGUCUGUUACAUUCUGCAUCUCAGCUGGCUCUUGGGACAUGUUGGUUCUUCCCUCGUACCAGUGUCUUUCAGUGCUUAAAAGGACAGUCUGUGUUGCCUAGUGUGGGAUGCAAAGUGAUUCUGGCACUGGACCCUCCUAAGCGAUGUCUUCAUGCAGGUGCAGCUCACUUUGCCUCAAAGAAAACUGCUUUUUCAUCACAGCCAGCAGACACUUCUCACAAAGUACCAGAAGAGAGAAAUCCUUUGCCUUCGGCCACUGAUGCGCCCAAGCAGAGCCCUGCAGAGUCAGAUUCUUUAGAACCUGAUCCAUUACAAGAUAAAUCAAUUAGUCUUGUUCAGAGAUUCAAGAAAACUUUUAAGCAGUAUGGGAAAGUUAUGAUUCCAGUGCACCUUGUGACUUCCACUGUAUGGUUUGGAUCCUUUUACUAUGCAGCCAUGAAUGGGGUGAAUGUUGUUCCAUUCCUAGAGUUGAUUGGCUUACCAGACAGCGUAGUAGACAUCCUGAAAAAUUCCCAGAGUGGAAAUGCACUAACUGCAUAUGCAUUGUAUAAAAUUGCAACUCCUGCCAGAUACACUGUGACUUUGGGAGGAACAUCUGUCUCUGUUAAAUACCUACGUAAGCACGGCUACAUGUCCACACCACCACCAGUAAAGGAAUACCUACAAGACAGGAUGGAGGAAACAAAGGAUAAAAUUACGGAGAAGAUGGGGGAAACAAAGGAUAAAAUUACAGAGAAGAUGGGGGAAACAAAGGAUAAAAUUACAGAGAAGAUGGGGGAAACAAAGGAUAAAAUUACGGAGAAGAUGGGGGAAACAAAGGAUAAAAUUACGGAGAAGAUGGGGGAAACAAAGGAUAAAAUUACAGGGAAAAUACAAGAAACCAAAGAUAAAGUUUCAUUUAAAAAAAUAAAGGAGUAGGAGAGAUGCUAAAUUUUUGGAUAUAUCAAACUUAGCACUUUAACCCUUUGUGAGGCAGGAUACGCAAAGUGCACUUCUGAGCUGGUUUUUUUUUUCUUUUAUAUUUUUUACCCUUUGUCUGGAGACGACAAUGCUACAUGGAUGUAAAAGUUAAAGUUCCUUGGGGAAGAGGUUGUGACCUAAAAGUUUCAAUUUUCAGAAGGAAAAGUGAAUCUCAGAUUAGAAGUUAACAUGUCCUUUGGUAAUGAUGUUAAGAAUUACUCUUCCCUCUUUUUUUCCCACACCCUCCUCUUCAAAAUGAAGGCGAUUUCUUCCAAGAGCCACUAGUCAGUUCUUCUCCCAUCAUAGUACACAGCCAUGGUUCCACUAGACUGAGUCUUCCAUUAAAUAAGAAUGAAGAUUUCUCUGUUGGGAAGAGCAGCAUGUUUAGCUUUUUAGAGUACGUGGACCCAAGUCUCUUCAAUCGUGAUCAUCUCUCAAUUUGGAGCAGACCGUUGUCACUGAUACUGCACGUGAGGGAACUGAUGGAUCAGCUACUCAGCAGGAAUUCAUUGCAAUGGCUUCCUAGGCUUCAGCCAGGCUGCUGUGGUUUACAGGCUGAGACUAUGAAUCUUUCUUGAACAGUGCAUCUCUUCAGAAAUCUCAACUGAAAGCUAUAGGAAGAUGAGUUAAUCACAGUAGCCAUACUGUCAAAGUAUACUUGGUUUCCUGAAGCUGAUUUACAGUACAAAGUCAUUAAAAUUAAUAAUUGUAUAUUAAACACUAGGAUUUGUUCAUUGUAUUAAAGUUUACAAACUUGCUCUAUUUCAUUUUUGAAACAAAAAAAAUAUUUUGAAAGAAAAGUUUAUUUGAGAAAUUGCUAUACUACGGGGCUUUUUAAACACAUGGAAAGUUAGAGUUAAACCCUAAAGUUCCUCCUCCUCCCUCAGUAAAACAAUUUGACUAAAAUAAGCAUGAUUUCUGAGACAGUGAUCACAGUCUACCAAACUUUUUUCCCCCUAGAUUAAGUCAAGCAAACACUUAUUCAUACCUGAAGGCUGAAAUGCUGUCUCAGAUGUCAUAAAGGACUAAAGUUGAAACUGUUCUAUUUGGCUGGGCAGGCAAACUUCUCUCAGUUUUAUUCAAAUGUAGGAUGAAUUGAAGUGUGUUUUUCCUAUUUCUACUACAGAUCUCACUUUGUAGCAACUCAGCAUGUGUAAGGUGUUUAAAAAAAGGUGCUUUUUUAUCAGAGGGAUAUGGGGAAAGUAAUAGACUUGGACCUUGAGCAUUGCAAUUGACAGGAGGGAAAAAUAUAGCUGAUGAAGUAUCAGCUCUGCCCCACUGUCUCAUUCUCAUUCAAGUCACUGAGGGCUUCUCCAUGUUUAAGUGAGUUGAACGUCAUUAACGUAAUUGUGCAGGAUUGAUUACAUACUUCCCUGCCUCUGCCCACAAGUAAAAUAGUAACUGCAGUCUAAUGCCUACCUCACAGGGAUGUUGUGAGGAAUAAUCAUUGUAUAUUCAGUGACCUGAAGAUGUAAAGUGCCAUGUUUCUGAUAAAAAUUAUUAAAAAAAUAUUUCUGUGAACUCUUA